GCAUCAUACGACCAACGCAGGAACAACGAUUUAAAACUAUUAUCGAAUUAUCAGAACGUGGUGGCAUUGGUUUUGAGCCUUCUUCCUUCUGUUCAGGCUGUCUUGUACGGCGACCCAUACGUUCAAAACAUUGCAGCGUUUGUGAUCGCUGCGUUGCACGCUUCGAUCAUCACUGUCCUUGGGUAGGCAAUUGCAUUGGACUUAAAAAUCACGCUUAUUUCAUGGGUUUCCUCUGGAUGUUACUCAUAAUGUGCGGUUGGAUGUUAUACGGCGGCGCCUGUUAUUAUAUCUAUCAAUGCAAUGUGCAUUUAACUCUCGUACCGCUUGAGGAUUUUGAGAAAGCCAUCAGUGACAUAGCCAAUUGCAAUCCAUGGGUUGGCUGGGUUAUGGCUAAUGCAUUACUACAUCUCUCAUGGGUUGUGUUGCUGACAAUAUGCCAGACAUAUCAAGUCGUAUGCCUAGGAAUGACAACAAAUGAGCGCAUGAAUCGUGGACGGUAUCGACAUUUUCAAGCGAAAGGCGGACAAAGUCCUUUUACACGUGGGCCAAUCAACAAUUUCUUCGACUUCUUACAAUGCAGCUGUUUUGGUUUGGUACAACCACGUCGCAUCGAUUGGAUGAACUACUACGAUUUAGAUAUGCAGGUGGGUCGUACAACUGUGGAACAAGAGCCAUUAUUGCGUGGUAAUGCUGAUGGCGAAGGUGGUGGCACAGAGCUGGCACACUAUCAGUAUGUGUAGGAUAAGUCGAAUCGGGAUGCGGAGACGCGCAAUGCACCCAUAGCAAAUGUGUAGGCAAAACGGCAGGGCUGCAAAGUAUACAAUCAAUGGCAUUUUUUUUCAAGUGCAUUAUUUAAAAGGAAGUAGUCAAGUAAAUGAAUAGUAUGACUAAGUGCCUCUUUUACAGUACGGGUUUUAACUCAAAUUCGGCUGUUAACUUUCAAUUUUUGUACUAAAAACCAGUAGUUAACAGCCGAAUGAGAGUUGACUCGUCACUGUAAAAACGGCCCUAAGUGGCUUAGUCGUGAUGACGCUUCUAAAGUAUGUACGUUGUUACAAGGCCAACCCUUAGUCUUGAAUAAUUGAAAGUAAUAAGCCACAAAAAGCAUUUGCUAAACGCAUUAACCUUUCACUGUAUUAUAUGUAAACCUAGUUAUUAUAAUUUAUAAGAUUAAUUACGCUUAGGUGGAAAAUACGUGAACAAAUUUUGAAUAAAUUUCACUACGAUGUGCAUCGUAAGUACGUAGUUGUAUUUGUAUUGUAUUUAUUUUACCACAACUGUAAUUAUUAGUGCUUACACUUUUUUAUUCAUAUUGAUUGCCAAUCUUAAAAGCUUUAGAUAACAAGCAUAUUUCUUUUAUUUCUGCGCAUACAUUGUACAUGUAUAAUAGUGAGCUUUUUAAGUUAAGGUUAGACUGUUUUAUUAUUUCCGACAUAAUGAAUAUGCUGUCUAACAUGUGAACUCAGUUAAAAAUUUAGCGAACAUUUAUUCUUAUAGCAAGAUCAGAACGACGUUUGCAUAAAUAUUUAUGCAUGGAAAAGUGUAAUGCAUUUGCAGUUUGGGUAGCCGUCUGUGUGGUCAAAGUAAACCGAUUCAUGUUAGCACAAAGAUAUUGUGUGCAUUGGGAAUGACAUUAGAAAUAUAGUAAAUUAUUUGUUAAGCAAAUACAUAUGUAUGUAUGUAUUUUUUUCUAAAACUUCUUGGUGUCAUAAGUGCUAAUUAAAUAUAGUACAUACAUAAAUACAAAGAUAUUAAUAAAGUUUAAAGUGUUGUUUGCCGUUGGAAAAUGUGGUUUAAAACGGAGGCUUAGUUGAACUGUUUGCAACAAAAUGUUAUUUCCUUUUUUGAUUUUUCUUAAACUUAAAUCUUUCUGUGUAAAACAAUUUUUAAAAAGUGUGAAAAUUCAAAAUUGUUUCUAAUUUAUAGUUGCAUUCAAAUAACAACAAAUUUUGAUAUAUACUGUACCUAACUUAAAAUACUAAUCAGCAGUACUUAUAGAUGAUGGUUAAGUCACUUUUCCAACGCAAGCUACUGCUUUAAUUUAUUUAAAAUUCAAUAUUCGUUAGGAAAAAAGACAUAAACCCGUAUGAACAAAUGAAAACAAACAUACUAAUGUUGUAAUUAUAUACAUACAUACAUAAAAGCAAAGCAGAAAUACCAAUUCUAAAUAGACAAAAAAAGCAAUGUUCGUAAUAUUUGUACUAAGAAAGAGCAAUUUACUAGCACAGAGUCUAAGCUCCUUAAUAAAAACUAACUUUUACAUAAAAAGGAUAUAUAUUUCAAGAAAAAUUCGUUUGAUUUUUACGUUUAUAAAAUUUAGUUAUGUAUUUUUAAUGAUUUUUAGAGGCCUUAAUACUAAAAGAAAUA